GAAGAAGAGGAGGAGAGAGCAGUCAAAGAAGAAGAGGAGGAGAGAGCAGUCAAAGAAGAAGAGGGGGACAGAGCAGUCAAAGAAGAAGAGGAGGAGAGAGCAGUCAAAGAAGAAGAGGAGGAGAGAGUAGUCAAAGAAGAAGAGGAGAACAGGGAUGUGUCUGCUCCAGAUCUAGAGGAAGAGGAGGAAGAAGUAGAUAGUAUCACUGACCCAGGUAAGUUCAGGUGUGGAGUACGGAGAGAGGUUGGUGCCUUGGAUCUAGAGGAAGAAGUAGAUAGUAUCACUGACCCAGGUAAGUUCAGGUGUGGAGUACGGAGAGAGGUUGGUGCCUUGGAUCUAGAGGAAGAAGUAGAUAGUAUCACUGACCCAGGUAAGUUCAGGUGUGGAGUACGGAGAGAGGUUGGUGCCUUGGAUCUAGAGGAAGAAGUAGAUAGUAUCAGUGACCCAGGUAAGUUCAGGUGUGGAGUACGGAGAGAGGUUGGUGCCUUGGAUCUAGAGGAAGAAGUAGAUAGUAUCACUGACCCAGGUAAGUUUAGGUGUGGAGUACAGAGAGAGGUUGGUGACUUGGAUCUAGAGGAAGAAGUAGAUAGUAUCAGUGACCCAGGUAAGUUUAGGUGUGGAGUACGGAGAGAGGUUUGGAGCCUUGGAUCUAGAGGAAGAAGUAGAUAGUAUCAUGACCCAGGUAAGUUCAGGUGUGGAGUACGGAGAGAGGUUGGAGCCUUGGAUCUAGAGGAAGAAGUAGAUAGUAUCACUGACCCAGGUAAGUUCAGGUGUGGAGUACGGAGAGAGGUUGGUGACUUGGAUCUAGAGGAAGAAGUAGAUAGUAUCAGUGACCCAGGUAAGUUCAGGUGUGGAGUACGGAGAGAGGUUGGUGCCUUGGAUCUAGAGGAAGAAGUAGAUAGUAUCACUGACCCAGGUAAGUUUAGGUGUGGAGUACAGAGAGAGGUUGGUGACUUGGAUCUAGAGGAAGAAGUAGAUAGUAUCAGUGACCCAGGUAAGUUUAGGUGUGGAGUACGGAGAGAGGUUGGUGACUUGGCGGCCACAGGGGAUUCCAAAACUAUUAUUGUGCUUUUACUUCAAUCAACAAGUAUUUUAAAUCCCCUUUCAAUGUUCCCUUACUGAUUCUAACAUAUUCUCACAGGAGAGAGCUCCAAUCCAGGCUCAGACAGCGAUCCCAGUACCACAGCAUCAGGAAACCAUAAACACAGGCAGAGGAACUCAAGAUGGAAACAUCAUCACUGCAUGGACUGCU